CAAAUUCACAGACGUCAAUUGCAUCAGGCUGGGAAUUAUUUAAAUAAAAAACAACCAGUACAGAGAUAAAUAAAGUAAACAUUUAUACGCUCGUAUUAAAAAGGCCUUGAUAAUAGGCAUUGAAAAUUAAAUUGGACUUUAGCAAGCAAGUGAUGGCUCGUGCUAAAGUUUUGGAGUUAUAUAAAGCGAUGCUGUAUAUGGGGAAGGAUUAUCCCCAAGGAUUUGAUUUUUUCCGGACGAGUCUGAAGAAAGCUUUUAUGAAAAAUAAAUAUGAAACUGAUCCAGAUAAAAUUGAAAAAAUGAUUGAGAGAGGAAGUUGAAAAAUGAUUCUUUGUAUUGCGGUCAUUGGUAAGGAUAAUUCACCGCAAUACAUUAAAUGCUUAUCAGAAGACAUUGAAGUUGAGCUUCAUUACAAAGUACACACGUCAAUAGAUAUUAUUGAAGAAAAAUUAAAUACUGGUAAUAAAAUAACAGCAACUGAUAGCAGAGAAUUAUUUUUGGGACUUCUGCAUUUUACAGAUGAACAUAAAAUAUUUGGAUAUGCAACGAAUACCAAAGUUAAGUUUGUUGUAGUUCUGCAAACUCCAAGUACUACCAUCAGAGAUAAUGACGUCAGAAUGAUUUUUAGAAAACUACACAUGGCAUACUGCAAUGCUAUUUGCAAUCCAUUUUACAUUCCUGGAGACCCCAUUGAAUCCAAAUCAUUUGAUGCCGCAGUUAAAGACAUAAUGGGAAUUUAAAUAAAAUAAGUACAAAAUUUUUUAAAAAUAUGUAAAAAAUAAAUUCCGGUAAAGAUAA